AAUGGGAAAUAGCAUCUGUCCAAAAUAGCGUACUCUCUCAAUUCAUGAAGUCCGAGUCUUUAUUAAACGUCCUCCUUGUACUAUAAAACUAGAGAAAGUCUCAAAAAUUAUAUUAGUUGACGACGUUAUAGAGAGAGAAGAUUCUCCUUAAAAUCCUCAAAUCUAAAAGACUGAAAUAGAGGAAUCAAAAAUGUAAUAUACAGCACAAUAAUCAGAAGAAAUGGAUAAUAAUGUAUAACGUCCUUGGCUUAAGAAAGCAUAACCUUAAUCUAAUGAUAGUGGGAUGAAAAAUGAUAUAUAGAAUGUAUCAUUUGAACCCAAUAGUUCUAGUUUUGAUUUGCUGAAACCUAAAUCUAUACUUAAAAUACAUAAAAAUGGUAAUCAUAGUUAAGAACACAUAUCAAAUGAUCAAUAAUCUAUAGGGUCAAUUAAAUCAAAUAAGAAAGUCAGUUUUGAUAAGCAAGUUUAAUUCAGCAAUUUUAGAAAGCAUUGA